CGAUUUAAUCCCACUCCUCUGACGCCAUCAGCUCACCAAACCUCCAUCCACCCUCCUCUUCCCCAGUUCAUGCCUCUCUUCCUCUCCCUCAGCGGAUUCAGAAUCUACCUGCCGUCCUUCUCUUUCAGACAAUCCAGACUACUCCUCUCCGUCGUCGCCGCCUUUGUCAUCUUCAUCCUCCUCGCAGUCACCCUCCACCCCUCUACAGAGACCGACAAUCACCCCGUCUGGACCACCCCUCCCCAGCUCAAACUCCCGACCGCACAGGACUCUCUCGCGGCCGGUUUCGAUCCGUUGAGCAACCCAGUGAUUGCUAAAGAAGUAGCUGCCUUCCGAUUGCAGUACGAACAGAAAGCUGCCGGCAUUGAGCUCGACGACUCGCUCAUCUCUCCCGUCGAACGACAGCAGCGCGCCCUCCGCAAGCUCGCUGAUAAAGUAAGGGCCGACCGAAAGAAAGCCGUUCAAGAGAAAGCUGCCAAAGAAGCCGCCCAAGCCGCUGACAUCUCCAUCUCUGACGAUCUACCCGAGACACCUACAAACAUGUCGUUCUCUGCCGCCGGACUCACUCUCAAGAGUAAAGUCAAGCUUUCCUCGGGGUUUGAAAUGCCCGUCCUUGGCUUCGGCGUCUACCAAUCCUACGGCGAGGAGGUCAUCAAUUCUGUUUACCAUGCUCUCAAAACCGGGUACCGACAUAUCGACUCUGCUACUCUUUAUGAGAACGAGCGCGAAGUCGGUGUCGCUGUCAAAAAGUGGAUCCAUGAUACCGGCGGAAAGCGCGAGGAUGUCUUUUACACGACAAAAAUUUGGGAUACCGAUCAGGGCUACAAAAAUGCAAAAAAAGCAAUCAACUGGUCUCUUCGACAAUGCGAUCUCGGUUACAUCGAUCUCUAUCUCAUUCACUCGCCCUACCCCGGCCGCCAGCUACGCAAGGAGACCUGGCAAGCAAUGGAAGAAGCCGUCCAGGAGGGUAAAAUCAAAUCGAUCGGUGUCUCAAACUACGGCAUCAAGCAUCUGAAAGAGAUGGAGGAGUACGCGACCAUCAAGCCCGCUGUCAAUCAGCUCGAGGUACAUCCGUUCUUGACCCGGAAGGAACUAGUUGAGUUUUGCCAGAGCCAUAAUAUCGUCGUCGAAGCAUUCUGUCCAAUCACCCGAGGCUUGAAGUUUAAGGAUAGCAGGGUGCAGGCUCUUGUGCAGAAGUACAAGCGGACUCCUGCUCAAAUUAUGCUCAGGUGGAGUUUGGAGAGGGGCCUUGUUCCGCUUCCCAAAUCUUCGAAUCCCAAGCGCAUCGAGGAAAACUCCCAGGUCUUUGACUUUUCUCUCGAGCCUGCCGAUGUCGAGUCUCUCAUGACAAAAGAGUACUUUAUCGUUGAUUGGGAUCCAACCAACGUUGCCUAAUCUCUAAUUCUUUCUAAUGUAAUCUCACGA